AGUAAACACGUGCGCUCCAGUGGCACACUGCGCAUGCGCGCUGCUUGCUGUAGUCUUGCCGGUGUUCCAAGAUGGCGGGUACCAGUCUGGUGGCCGGGGAGGUGGUGGUUGAUGCUCUGCCCUAUUUUGAUCAGGGGUACGAUGCUGCCGGAGUGCGAGAGGCGGUGAGUUAGGGCAUCCCUGGGCUGCCGACAUGUUUCUGUUGUAUUAUACAAGUCCCUUUAAACAUGAGUCCUGUAUUAGCAUGCUGCAUGGCUUCACGUGGGUCAGGCGGAGCUGUGUUUUGCCAUUUAUAUCUGCUGUGGGCUAUGCUUCCUAACCGCACAGCUAGCAGGUCAGCUGGCUGAGCAACAUGGGAGUUGUAUAUAAUAGCUGGAUAUAGUAAAACUGUAUCCAUCAUGGAUCUAGUGAGACAAACAUAAGUGACCUAAAUAAACUGUAUUGGGAAUGUGAAUUGGGGUUUCUCCAAGUAUUGUCCAUGAUUAAUAUUGCACUUGGUUAAAUGCAUGAUUGUAUAUGGCACAACAGUUCACCAGGGUGUAUAUUUGAUCACUUUCCAGAUCUAAGGUGAGCAUAACAGUGGGAGGCUUUAUAAAAAACAAAACUAUAUAUAUAUAUAUAUUUUGUGGUAAUGAUUUUAGUGCACUGUAUGGUUUCUGUGCUUAGGUUAAUAAAAUAAUUCCUAUUCAGUCUACAUAUCUCUUAAUGGUGCCAUGGCCCAAUUGCCUCCCCCCCCCCCCCUUAAUUAGUGACACAAAUGUUGCCACCUACAGGGUAGCUUUGAUUAUAGUGCUGCACAACAGUAUACAUUAUCAAUGAGAAUCCUUAGAAGUGGUUAUGGUUGUACAGUCUGCACUUGAGUUAGUUUUAUUCACUGUGUUCAUCUGUGCAUGUUUCGAUCUGGAUUGAGAAGAAAAAUAAUAGAUCACAAAAUGACAAUCUCAGAGGUCAAUAUAAAAUGUAGUAACUCUGUGCUGCUAACCUUGCAUCCUGUUGCUCAAAGCAGAGCCAAAUUCAAGAAAUCAAGGAAGUGAACUAAAUGAGCUCUAACAGUGCUACAUACAAUUUAUUUGAAGGACCAAAAAGAAACAAACAUUUCAGUUUUCCCCCUUGUCAAUGCCAACAUUUUUAUUAUUACUUCUUUUUAGCCUCUUCUUUAUGAUACAUUAUGAAAGAAAUGUUAUUUUAUUAAUUGUGUAAAUAUUGUAUUUUAAUGACUUCUUUAGAAUACUUAUCAUUGUUGUAUUAAAGAUAUAACCAGUUUGUCAUUCAUAAUUUAGGGCUGUGUUAGUUCAAGUACCAUGAUGUGAUAUCUCCAGUCUGAAGCUUCUCAGAUAUUGAUAGUUUAAAUGAGAUUUAGGGAUAUGUAAAAAAAAUAUAUUUUAUUCAAGGACCAUUAUUAAGUUUAAAUUUGAAAGUAUCAAUAUAAAUGGUGACUUGUUAUAUAAAGCAUUUCUGCACUAUAAAGCUCCAUCAACCCUUGGAUGAGACUAAAUGUAUAGUCACAUUCCACAUGAACUGUUUUGUAAGUGAAUGCCUCACUAUCCCACUACAUCAUAUGAAUAUUUUGGCUCCCAUCAACCUUAGUCAAAACUUUCUUAGCAUUGUAGGAACUGUAGUCCACCAAAGGUAGGCAGCUACUUGCACUAAAUGUGAUGGGCAUCAAUUCCUAACAGUGUAAGCAGGGGUAAGUAGAUAACCGAUUAAAAAAAAAAAAAAUAGUAGUUACCUCCAUGAUAAACAAGUUAUUAUUUUUAACACCACUGUAGCGUGAUGACUGUGUCCUCUUUUUUUCAAUCUUACUCAAAGGUGCUGAUUUCAAUAGACACUUUUCUAAAUUUAACUGGUUGCACCCAUCCAGCUGUCAGACAACAGGUCCUAUUACUUCCUGGUUUGGUUAGCUCAGUUGGGCUAAACUCAAGAGACGGCAAUUGCUCAGAGCACCUGCCUUGCAAAGACUUCUCAUUGAGCUGCAAUGGGAAGUCUGUGAUUGGAUAGCCACUGAAAGUCUGGGUGGGAUUAAAAGGGGAGCAUUUGCAAAGGCUUCAGGCAAGAGAUCUGCUGAUUUUACAUGCUGUUUUUAAUUAUACCCCCAAUUAAAAAUGCAUAAAUAAGUGCAUGCAUAUAUUCAUUGGGAAUAUAUCUACUAUAGUUAUUUAUAUAAUUUAAUGUUUGGACAGUGGAGUAUCCCAUUUAAACUAGAGCAAAGGGUUGUCUGUUUUGCAACUAUUCUGGGGAACAUGGAAUAGGAAAUAAAGUUUAUCUGUUAAAGGGACACUGUCACCAUCUUGUGACUUUGCCGAAUUUGCAAAGUCCCCCGACUGUGUAAUUGCCGCUGGUGAAUAUGUAAAGGUGAGAGUUACUUACCUGAACCUUUCCCUAACUGGUGCUGCCAUCUUGCUUGAUCUGCUCCGACAUAACUGCUGUACUCUCGUGCAAGCGUGAGAGGGCAGCAUUGACAUUUUAAAUAAAAAAUCUUAACCUCUUGCUUGUUACCUUGACAUGUUUCUGUAUGCUUUGUUUAUUCUUAUACAUCAGGCUGCAGCUUUGGUUGAAGAGGAAACUAGAAGGUACCGUCCUACCAAGAAUUACCUGAGUUACUUACCAACUCCAGAUUACUCUGCUUUUGAGGUUAGUUCUAUAUGAAUGUUCCAUAAAAUUUAAAUGGUCUGAAUUUCCAGUGUUUUUGUGGUCACUGUGACAUCCCCACAAGACCUUGUACAUUAUUUAAGGUUUAUCUGUCUUUGUACACAAUGCAGUGUAAAAUUAAGAAGUAAUCUAUACUCUGGAUUAGCAUGUAUGUAUUUUUAUUCAUUUUCCUUUGUUUCCCUGCAGACUGAAAUAAUGAGGAAUGAAUUCGAAAGGCUGUCCGCUCGGCAGCCAAUUGAGCUUCUCAGCAUGAAGAGGUAAGCUUAACAUAUAUAAGACAAUAUUUCCAUAUCUUAUCAUUUUGUUUCAUGCCUGUUAUUGUAGGGUAUUGAAAAUUAAAUGUGAUGACAAAUAACAUACGCGUGCAUGAACACUGACCCAUGUGUGUAUUUUUUUUACUAAAAAUGCAAAAAAAAACGGUAAGUCUGAUUUAAUUGUGUGAAAACUCAGAAAAGUUCACCACUUUUUCAUUUUUAAUAUAGAGAUCAUUUUCUUGUAGUCGUGAUUAUUGUUGGAAUGUCAGUAUAUAUUUUUUUUCUGAGCCCUUAGGCAAAAGACAGAUAUAAAGUAUUAUUAGCAAAGGUACGAAUUGUUAAGUAGUAAAAAUUUCAAUAAUGGCCUUUAUUGAAUAUUUUUGAAUGAGCUUUUGAAAUGAUUUAAUAUUUUGCUCUUUAUUUUUUUUUAUAUAUUGAUUUUUUUUUAUAUGGUAUGUUUUUUUUAAAUGUUGAAGACAUAAUUUUAAAAGUUUAGUAAAAAAUAUUAAGUCGUUUAAAAAAAAAAAGAAAAAAAAAGCCUAUUCAAAAAUAUUAAAUCAAGACCUAGAUUCCAUACAAAAGUCUCCAAGUAAGUGCAGCACAUCUUGACCUUAUCUGUUUAAAUAUUGUCAUUAUAUCUCUUGUCAUAAGUCAUUACAAAAGAUUGUACUUAACACUGCACUCGUAAAAUAAAGAAUUAAAAAAAAAAAAAAAAAAAAAAAAAAAUAGUCUCCAAGUAAGCUUUGUUUAGGCUAAAAUUGGAAACUUUUAAUUUUUUCGCUAAUUAAAACUUUAGUACCUAACCCUAAUAUAAUCACUUAUAAUCUUAUGAGAACAUGUCCGAAUUUGUCAGUUGAACUGAAAAAAAAUGUACAGAACAACUUCUACAUAUAUUUUGCAGGUUUGCAAAUAUGUACACAGUUUAUUUUUUUAGGAAAUAAUGUUUUGGGGUUUUGUUUUUAUAGAUUUUGUGUCCGUCUGGGCUAUAAAUGACUGUGUCUGAAAGAAAUGCUGUACGGCUUGUUGCAAGAGCUAAACGAGUAAUGUGCUACUUCCAUGUGUUGAUCAUCUACUUACUCUGUCCCAUAUUCAGGUAUGAGUUGCCUGCACCAUCCUCUGGGCAGAGGAAUGACAUCACAGCAUGGCAAGAAUGCGUCAACAACUCAAUGGCUCAGUUGGAGCACCAGGCAGUCCGCAUUGAGAAUCUAGAGAUCAUGUCUCAGCAUGGCUGCAAUGCAUGGAAAGUUUAUAAUGAGUGAGUUAAACCCUACAAUAGCCCACGGCAAUUUCUGUAAUUAUUAUAGCAUGAUUCUGUUCUGUUAAGAAUAUUUCCAUUGCAGACUAAAUUUAAACAUGCAAGACAAUUCUUUUUGAACCUGACAUCCAAUGCCAGUGUGCCGUGAUUCUUUACGUUUACACUUCACUCGCAGGGAUUCAUGGAAAAAUGUUGCCAAGUGAGGUUUGAACAUCUCGAAAAGUUGUCAAUACUUAUUUUGUAGAUGUGCAUUGGAGAUGCUUGAGAUUCUGUUUAACUGUGAUGCAGUGGAAUGCUUGCCCGUGGAAAUGCGCUCCGUCGGAGUUCCGACCGCAGUACUGUGCAUGUGCGGUCGGAAUUCCCGGAAAUGGCGCCAGAUUUGAAUCAAUGCUGCCAAUUGAAACUGUGCAGAUCUGACUGACAGCAUGGAUGCUAGCCAGGAAGCAUCUCCUGUGUCACCAGCCCUCCCACAUGGGUCAGAGGUUUUAGAGGUGAGAUUUUUCAGUCUCUAAUCUUUAAGAUCUCUGUGUCUAUCUUGUUUAUUUAUUUUACAGCAAUUUUGUAAUUUCUUAUGUAUUGCAGAUAUGUCUAGUCCUGUCUCUCCAGAUAUUAUUGAUAAAGACCAGGUGCCUAAAUCGAAACAUCUGAGUUGUAGUGAAUGCUCCACAUCACUACCAGAUAGUUCAAAAUGGAAAACCUGCAAUCCGUGUUCGUCCUUAUCGCUGGAAAAGUCCAAGCAACAGAACCUGAAAUCAUUCUUGCCUUGGUUUCAAGACAUUCCGACCCAGACAUUUGAGUCAUUCAAAGAUUCUGCAAAGUCAAAGGUUACAGUUCCUGUUAAAGCAACAACCAAACAAAGGCUAAAAUGGAAGAGAUCUUCAUCUGGAUCAGAACUGUCCUCGGGCAAAUGUUCUAUUUCUUCCUAUUUGGAAACAUCCAGCGACUCUUCUGCUACAGAAGUCUGUUUUCCACAUUAAGACUUGAAGAGAUUUAUUAAGGAAGUUAAUGUUACCUUAGCUGAUGACUCAUCAGACAAAGCAAGUUGAAAAGCCCUUCCAGUUUCAACAACAGAUUCUGGAACUUAUGUACAGAGAGAUGAAGAACCCUGAAAAAAGGCCAUUUAUUUCCAGACAUUUCAGAGCAUUGUUAAACUACAGGGAGAAGACAAGUGGGAAGACUUGCCAGUUGUUGAUGUACAAGUUGCUCAGUUGUCUGAAAAGACUACCAUACCGAUUGGAGAAGUCUCUGGUCUUAAAGACCCUAUGGAUAAAAGGGAAGAAACAUCCAGCAGACAAGCAUAUCAGGCAGCAGGAUUUCAGGCUAAAGCAGCAUUGGCAGGAGCUUCGGUGGCUAAAGCUCAGUACCUUUGGCUUCAAGGAUUGGAAGAUAGCCUGGAUGAAUACCAAGACAAAGUUCUUUCUAACCUGUUCCAAAAGUUAAGGUUAUCCAAUGAAUAUCUGCUAGAUGUUAUCACAGAGGUGAUUUAACUUUCGGCUCGUGUCAUGGGUUUGACAUCUGUGGACGGCUGAUAUGGCCUUGAAGUCUGCACUGUGUGAACUUCCUUUACAGAGGAAGAAAUUGUUUGGUUAUCCUUUGGAAGAAUUAAUCUGACAAAUGUCAGAAACCAAAAAGGCUCUCCAUCUGGACAGAAAGUAUUCAUGAAAACCCAAAUACAAAAACUUCCAGUACAAGGACCGUAGGGGGUAUCAAGACAAACCCAGGUUUUUCGUCAACAAAGGAAAGAUCAGAGGUUUAAGACACACAAAGACAUCAAGUCUCACAGAGCAAUAAUUAUUCUGACACCAUACAAGUGGACGGACGGAUACAACAAUUUGCUCACAGAUGGAGGGAGACCACUGCAAAUCCAUGGAUUCUGAAUCUGGUUGCAAAGGAUACAGAAUCAAGUUCUUAGGUGUUCUAAGACCAAGUUUCCUUGUCUCCUCCUAUCGUUCAAAACUUAAAAAAACAAGCUCUCUUCUCCGCUAUGGUAACUCUUUUAAAGAAAGGUGUUGUAGAAAGAGUUCCAAGUACCCAGCUAUAUCAGGGCGUCUACUCCCUGUUGUUCCUGGUCCCAAAACCAGAGCUGAACAACAAGAUUCCAUACCAGCAUUUCAGAAUGGAAACCAUAGCAUCAGUCACUUAUAUCCUUCAAAGAGGGAAUUUUAUGGUGACUUUGGAUUCAAAAGAUGCCUACCUUCAUAUUCCUAUGGACGUAGGCUCAAGAAAAUACCCAUGGUUUGCCAUAAGAAAAGGUCACAAGGUUCAUCACUUUCAAUUCAAAGCCCUUCCAUUCGGUCACACCUCGGCUCCUAGGAUUUUUACAAAGGUCCUCUCACCUAUCACGGCCUUCUUAAGGGUGCAAGGAAUCACAGUUUUUCCAUACUUGGACGACUGGUUUAUAAAGGCAGAUUCAAGAAACGCUCUAGAGUUGGAUGUGGCUUACACCCUCAGAAUCCUGGAAGAACAUUGUUGGGUUAUAAACCUAGAAAAAUCCUGUCUGGAUUUUUUUUAUAAAGUCAGAAACUUUCUAUUCACCUAACUGGGGAAAAAAGAUAAAGAAACUUAUAAAAGAACUUCAGCGAAAACCAAAAUGUUCUGUGAGAAAAGCUAUGCAGGUGUUGGGACACCUUACCUCCACCAUCCCAGCAGUAAAAUGGGCCAGAGCAGAAUCAAGGCCUUUAGAGUGGGAAAUUCUGGCGCAGUAGUCAAAGAAAGAAGAAGACUUGGAUGCUUUGACUAGUAUAUCAGAUCCUGUAAAAAGACAAAUAACUUGGUGGCAAAAGACCAGUUUCAUGGCAGAAGGUCUAUAUUUUCGACCAAAAAAUUGGGUCUUAAUUACAACGGACGCUUCAAAUACAGGGGCAAUUGGGGGGCUUACCUACAGUGUCACUUAAGGCAAAGCACAUGGUCUGAAGACAAAAAAAAGGGAAUCUUAAAAUUACAAGGAGUUGAUAACCGUUUUAUACUCUCUUCAUCAGUUCAGAGCUCUCAUUGUGGGGAAAGCGGUGAAAAUUCAGUCAAUCAGACGAUGGUGGCUUAUCUGAACAAACCAGGAGGUACGAGGGUAAGAAAAUUGCACUCCCUUUGCACAAGGAUUAUGUCCUGGACUCAGUCAUCUAGACGACCUGUCCACUACUCACAUAUGAGGGAUAGACCACAUUACAGCAGACAAUUUGAGCAGAUCAAAAUGGUCCCAGAACGAUUGGUCUCUGAAUCUGGUCAUUUUUUCUCAACUAGUGAAAAGAUUCGGUCUGCCUGUCAUCGAUCUAAUGGCAAGAAGGUCAAAUGCAAAGGUGAUAACAUUUGCCUCCCUCUUCAAGGCAGACAUGCCUCUGGUUCUAG